GGUUCUCUCUGGCCACUGUGAAGAGUCUCGUGAAUUUGAAUUUGUUUAACUCAUAAACAACAAUUAAUUAAAAAGUGUUUUUUGUUUUCGUGAGCUUUUGUGCUAUUUGAAAGCUGCCUGUCAACUAUUUGUGGAAAGUUUUUUAUCAAACAAAAAAUUUGUAAGGUCGCGUAUAAUGAGAAUCAGUUGGCAGUUGUUUUUGCUGGCCCUGGUGGCCCUACAUCUAUGUGAUUUGGGAGCAGGUUCAAGAAUUUUGGCGGCAUUUGUUUUUCCGGGUAAAAGUCAUUUCAUGAUGACCAAUGCCAUUAUACGGGAAUUGGUUAAACGUGGACACGAAGUGACCUUCAUAACGCCCUUCUCCUUGGCCAAGGAGAAUCUGGGACCCAAUUAUAAGGAAGUUCUGAUAGCUCAAUAUGAUUUUUGGCCUGAAUUGAUUGAAAAAACAAAGGCCAAAAGUGUGCUGGAUAUGAAUGAAGUGUCCACUCUUACCUUCAUUGAAUUGGUUAACAUAAUGGGAGUAAAGAGUACAGACUUUGCCUUUGAUCAGCCCCAAUUGAAGGCUUUGAUUGAUGAGAAGAAUAAGAUUGGAAAAUAUGAUCUGCUGCUGGCUGAACAAUUCUUCAAUGAGGGAGCCUUGAUAUUGGGUCAUCUGUAUCAGAUACCCACAAUAACCGUUUCUACCUUUGGUUUCGCCAACUACUUGAGUCAAGUAGUGGGCAUAGUUUCACCCUGGUCAUAUGUUCCUCAUGGCUUUAUGCCAUUUACCGAUCGUCUGACUCUGUGGCAACGCAUACAAAAUAUUCUCAUCUCUGGCACGGAAGAUCUAAUGCGAAAGUUCAUCUAUUAUCCACAGCACGAUGAAGUUUUGAGGAAACAUUUCUCGCACAGACUGGAAAAAGUGCCCACGAUUAAGGAAUUGGAGAGUAACAUAUCACUUCUACUGCUCAACUCCUACAUGCCAUUGGAGACUCCAAGACCCGUUUCUUACAACAUGAUUUCGGUGGGAGGACUUCACAUCCAACCCAAUAAGGUAUUGCCUGAGGAUUUGCAAAAGUUUUUGGACGGAGCCACCGAUGGAGCCAUCUAUUUCAGUUUAGGAUCACAGGUGCGCAGUGCGGAUCUUCCGCCAGAGAAACUUAAAGUCUUCCUGGAUGUAUUUGGUAGCUUGAAGCAAAGAGUUUUGUGGAAAUUCGAGGAUGAAAAGUUACCCAAUCUGCCGGCCAAUGUGAGAGUACAAAACUGGAUGCCCCAGAAUGAGAUCUUAGCCCAUCCGAAUGUUAAAGUGUUCAUUGCCCACGGCGGACUCUUUGGUACACAGGAGGCCAUCAAUUAUGGUGUUCCCAUUCUCGGUAUGCCCGUCUAUUGUGAUCAGCAUUUGAACAUCAAUAAGGGCAAGGCGAAUGGUUAUGCCUUGGGUUUGGAUUAUCGCACCGUUACCGAGGAUGAGCUAAGAUCCUCGCUGAAGGAACUCAUCGAGAAUCCAUCGUACAAGGCCAAGAUGCAGCAGGCUUCACAGAUUUUCCGUGAUCGUCCACUGAGUGCCAUGGAUACGGCCAUGUAUUGGAUCGAUUAUGUCAUCAAGCAUCGUGGAGCUCAGCACAUGAAGGCCGUUGGAGUGGAUUUGCCUUGGUAUCAAUUCUAUUUAGUGGACAUUGUGGCCAUUGCCUUGACCAUCAUCUUCUUACCCAUUUUGGGGUUACUUGCUCUCUGUCGUCGUCGUCGUUCGAAAACUUCUUCUGGCCCGAGUCCAAAGAGAAAAUCGAAGAAGAAUUAGAACCAAAACCAAAGUAAAACGUUUAAUUAAAUGAAAAUGAUGUUACAAUUAAGUACAUACAAGUUAAUUAAGUAGUUUUGCAUAAAAUUUUCCCAAUUUAUAAUUCCUAAUACAUUUUUCUCAACAAAUUCGAACAAGGCUGAUAAUUAAUUGAA